AUGUCGAGCAUCCAUGGUGGCUUUGGUGGAGCUCUCUUCGCGAACACGUUUGCUGGUGGAGGAGCUAUCGGUGGGCGUGUCAAGGGAGGAGAAGUUAUGGCAGUGAAGGGUUGUGGAUACAUCAACAGCAACACAUUGUUGAGAACCAUUUCCAAGGGAGAAACACCACUUAUCCAAGGAAAAGUGUUCUCUAAUUCUAUCGAAACAACAGAACUUCACCAUGCUCCUGAAGGUCUCAUUCAGACCAAUGUUGGAGACUAUUCUGGAAUAAAUAGCUUUGAAGAUUUAACAAAUGUAGUCAUUGUUGAAUCGGCGAGGCUUUGGGCAAUUGCAAGCCCUAUUUGUUUUGGAAUAUUAUGCAAUUAUGCAAUCAAUACCUUUACAAAUAUUUUUGUUGGACAUAUUGGAGAUUUAGAACUUACAUCAGUUUCAAUCUCUUUGUCUGUUGUUUCAAACUUCUCUUUUGGCUUCAUGCUUGGAAUGGCAAGUGCACUAGAGACACUAUGUGGACAAGCAUAUGGUGCAGGACAAGUAGACAUGCUUGGUGUUUACAUGCAACGUUCGAUUCUAAUCUUAUUUGGUUCAUGUUUUCUCAUCUUACCACUAUAUCUUUAUGCAACACCAAUCUUAAAACUCCUUGGGCAAGAAGCUGAUAUAGCAGAGCUAGCUGGAGUAUUCACAGUCCAAUCUAUACCUCAGUUAUUUUCAUUAGCCAUAAAUUUUCCAGCACAAAAAUUCUUACAAGCACAAAGCAAAGUUGGAGUUUUGGCAUGGUUGGGUUUCAUAUUCCUUAUUGUUCAUAUUCUGAUUCUGAUUCUUUUUAUUAAAGUGCUUGGUUGGGGUACAGCUGGUGCUGCUGCAGCUUAUGAUUUAUCAGCUUGGGGAAUUGCUUUGGCUCAAAUGUUUUAUGUUGUUGGUUGGUGUAAAGAAGGUUGGAGGGGUUUGUCUUGGUUGGCUUUUAAGGAUCUUUGGGGUUUUACUAAAUUGUCUUUUGCUUCAGCUAUUAUGCUUUGUUUAGAGGUUUGGUAUUUUAUGACCUUGAUUGUUCUCACUGGACACUUGGAUAAUCCAAUUAUUGCUGUUGGCUCACUUUCAAUAUGCAUGAAUGUGAAUGGGUGGGAAGGCAUAUUGUUUAUAGGGGUCAAUGCAGCUGUCAGUGUAAGAGUUUCCAAUGCACUUGGAUCAGGACACCCAAGAGCUGCAAAAUAUUCUGUUGUUGUCACAGUUGUUGAGUCUCUCAUCAUUGGAAUAGUGUCUGCAGGCAUUAUUUUAGCUACAAAAGACCACUUUGCUGUCAUUUUCACCGACAGUGUAGAAAUGCAAAAGGCAGUUUCUAAGUUAGCAUCUCUUCUUGGCAUAACCAUGAUUCUAAAUAGUGUUCAACCAGUUCUAUCAGGUGUUGCUGUAGGAGGAGGAUGGCAGGCUUUGGUAGCUUACAUUAAUCUAUUUUGUUAUUACCUUAUGGGACUCCCACUUGGUUUUUUACUAGGUUACAAAGGGGGCUACCGAGUACAGGGUAUUUGGAUUGGAAUGAUAUGUGGGACAGUUUUGCAGACAGCUAUCCUAGUGUAUAUUAUCUAUAAAACAAAUUGGAACAAAGAGGUUGAACAAGCAUCAGAAAGAAUGAAGCAAUGGACAGGACAGGAAUUAGAACUGAGUGACAUGUAG